ACCAAGAAUAAAAAAAAGAAAAUAAAAUUCUUUUAUUUUCUAAGCAUAAUUUAACUUGUUAAUUAAGCAUAUAAUUAUUAUGGCGAAGGGUAGUAAGUUCUUCCAAGCAUCCAUAAACAAGUGUAGGAAAAUGGGAAGCAAGGCAAUACAUUCAUCAUCAGAAUAUGAAUGUGAGUCUUGCUGUCAAUGGUGUUUCUGGCCAUCGUUGAGUUUACAGCAAGAAGCAGAAAAGUUCAUCCCUAAAGAUGUGCCAAAGGGUCAUACGGUAGUAUACGUUGGCCAACAUCAGAAGAGGUACGUCAUCAAAAUCACGUUGCUUAAACACCCGCUUUUUCGAGCUCUGCUAGACCAGGCUAGAGACCAGCAUGACGACUCCACCACACCGCCACGACUAUGGAUCCCGUGUGAUGAACAUGUCUUCCUUCAUGUUAUCCGAUGUGUCCGAUAACUAAAUCAGCUAGCUACCCUCUCUCUUUUCGUAUGAAAUUAAACUGCGUGUAUCUGGAAUAUUAUUGAGGCCAUUUUCAGCUGACUAUUAUUAUGUAAGAAUAACAUUAUAUUCUUUGUAAGAUAAUGUAGUAAAUAAUUAAGACUUCUAAAC